AUGGCAACAACAGCCUGGGCCUCUGCUGGCUUUGACGAGUACGGACCAGCCGUUCAUGCAAAGAACGAAAUUCUGUACGUCACACGUGGACUGUGGAGCGUCUGCUACUCAGCGUUUGGACUAACGGAAUGUGAGAUUCUGGACCCAGGAAAUGUAGCGCUCCAAGACCACGUCGUGCGUUUCUUCGUGUUGAUUGGCGUCUUGCUGGCCGGCGCUGGUCUCGGUUUGGAGGCUUACUACAUCAGGAGGCACAAGAUGGGCGAGGCGGUGCCUGUUCUCGUGAAGUAUGCCAGCGGAGUCCUUACACUUGCUGCAGCGGUCUGCACGUUUAUUGGAGCCCUUGUCUACACAAUAAGCGGACCGAAGGGGUGGAACAUCAACGAUCAUAUCCAUUUUCCCGGAACGGAGUUUGACGGAUCGAAGUGGCAGUUCGGGUACUCGGUAUUCCUGACCUGGGCGGCUGUAGUACCUCUACUGAUCGCUGGGUGCGCUCUCUUGUAUCAGGCACGGACUCUCAGCAAAGAUGUUAGCAACGGAGCUAAAAUGGAAAUAUUUCACCACACACACCAGGAGAUGCAUAUCAUUGAAUCAGGGCUCUAG